AUGCCACCACGUCACGUUAGGCAGCGGAAACUCACCAAAGCGACUCUUCAACAAGUCCUCCGUGAAGAUCAGAUCGAGUCGGCCGAGUACGAUUCAAACCACAAUCAUCAACAUGUCGAGACCGGUGUUGAGCGUCAUGAGGAAAAUGAAUACCAUCUUCAGGCCGCCUUGGCUAGCACUGGAGGAGGAAAGGCAUCAGAGGAGAUCCCGGCGCCUCCAGCCGAGAAGACCGUAGAUAUCAACUACGAUGCGCUAUAUUCAUUAAAAUUCAAGAAGCCCGCUACUUACAUUCGCGUGUCCUAUACCGUCGAAGAGGUUACGGGCUGCCAGUAUGAUAUGGAUAGUGAGGAUGAUACCUGGUUGCAAGCAUACAACCAAGGGAAAAGUGCCAGCCAGAAGCUUUCCGAAGACGACUUUGAGAAAAUCAUUGAGGUCUUCGAAGACACUACUGAGAACCAUACUCCCUUCGCGGCAGUUGAUAACACCUUGAUUCCUUUCGAAACCAUGAGUGCUCAGAUCAAGCUCCGGCUGCCGUCGAAACUGUUAGAUAUUGCCGAACAUGUUUACGGGCAUUGGAAGGAUCGCAAACAAGCUAGUGGUAAUAAAUCCAUCCAACCAGGCCUGAAAUUUGAGAUAAACAAAGACGAUGACGAUGCGGAUCCAUAUGUUUGCUUUCGACGUCGCGAGGUUCGACAGACUCGAAAGACCCGAGCUCGAGAUGUGCAGAGCGUUGACAAGCUCAAGAAAUUGAGAAAAGAACUCGAAGAGGCGCGGCAGCUUGUGGCACUAACACACUCGAGAGAAGUACAAAAACAAACUAUGAUGAUUAACGAGAAAGCCAUCUUCGACCAGCGUUAUAAGGUCAAGGUUGCUAAAACCAAGCUCGGCAUCAAGGGUGAUGAUGAGGACUUUAUCAACCAAAAACCACAGAAGAGAAAGUCCGAGUUCCCACAACCACAACGUACGGCACCGGGCACCCAAUUGCGCUUGCCUGGUCGUUCCGAUGGCCGUCCAUUGGAAGCAGAUUUGAUACUGCUGAGUGAACGUCUUGCGGAGAAAGAAAACAUGCUCCAGAAAGAGAUUGAAGAGAAGACUCAGCAGCAUCGCAGAUGGAACCAAGGCCACGUUGAUUUGACUCGAGAUCCUCUCUCUCCAGCCAAUGGCCAAGGUCCAGAGACGGGCUUCCGUCCUGCAACCGCCCAAUAUCAAUACCUAAUGACUCCUCCUUCCUCUGUAACAUCGGAGUCUUUUGAUCAUCAGUCUCCCGCCCAAGAAAAACAAGAAUCUUUUGCGUUCCGCUACAGCUCACCUCCAGAAGAAGAGCCUCGUGGACAACCAGCUUAUCGUAGACGAAUCGGUCGCGGUGGUCGAUUAUGGAUAGAUCGGAGGGGAAUGUCUGCAAUCAAAAAUGACGAAAAUAUGUCGGAUCGAUGGAAGUAUGACCAGGAUGAUGAAGAAGAACAGCCCGUGUAUGAACUGGAUCCACACGACACAAACGCACUGCGAUUUCGAGCAACCAUACCAUUCCCACCUCACUUUUAUCCCCAACACGGUCGACAAGAUAAUAGGCCCAGAGCUCCUGGUCCUCCUGCAAACAUCCGUGCGAUAGCUGCGGUACAGAAUCCUGCAGCACCCCCCUGA